AUGCCAUUUGCUGAACAAAAGAAUGCAGUUCCUUUAGAAGGUACCAACCUAUUUAAGCCAAUCAAGAUUGGUAACACUACCUUAAGUCACCGUGCCGUUAUGGCACCUUUGACUAGAUUAAGAGCUAGCUGGCCUGGUCAGGUACCUAACACUAAGCUUGCCACUGAAUAUUACGAUCAACGUUCCAAAAGAAAGGGUACAAUGAUUCUUUCCGAGGCUGCUGUAAUUUCUCCCCAAACUGGUGGUAUCAACCAUGCUCCUGGUAUUUGGAACGACGAACAAGUUGCUGAAUGGAAGAAGAUCAUCAAGAAGGUCCAUGACAACGGAUCCUACUUUUGGGUCCAGUUUUGGGCUCUAGGUAGACAUGCGCAUCCUGGUAAUUUAGCUGGAGACGGUUUGAGAUAUGUCUCUGCUUCUGAUGAUGUAUACAUUGACCCUGUUCGUGAAGAAAUCGCUAUGUAUGCAAACAACCAACAGCACGGAUUGACCAAAGAAGAAAUCAAGAGUUUCGUUGCUGAUUUUGCCAAUGCCGCCAAAAACUCCAUCAAAGCCGGUGCUGAUGGUGUCGAAGUUCACAGUGCUUUCGGUUUUAUCUUAAACCAAUUUUUAGACCCAAAAUCAAACAAAAGGACUGAUGGAUAUGGUGGUUCAAUUGAAAAUAGAUCUCGUUUCACCUUAGAAGUUAUUGAUGCAUGCAUUGACGCCGUUGGUGCCGAAAGAGUUGGUGUGAGGUUAUCUCCUUGGGCUGUAUACGGUUCUAUGUCUGGUGGUGAGGAUCCUACAUUAUUAGCAACGUAUGCUUACAUUCUUGGUGAAUUAGAGAAGAGAGGCAAAGCUGGAAACCGUAUAGCAUUCAUUGAUCUUAUUGAACCUCGUAUCACUGACCCUUUCUCACCAGAAGGUCAAAAUGAAUACAAAAAGGGUAACAAUGACUUCGCUUAUUCUGUUUGGAAGGGACCAAUCAUUAGAUCUGGUAAUCUAACUUUGCAUCCUAAGGCUGUGAAAGAGAUGGUUGAAGAUGAAAGAACUUUAGUUGCUUAUGGUAGAUUCUGGAUUUCAAAUCCUGAUUUGAUUGAUCGCGUCGAAAAGGGAUUACCAUUAAACAAAUAUGACAGAAAAACAUUCUUCGGACGUACUGAGGUAGGAUUAACUGAUUAUCCAACUUAUGAGGAAGCGUUGAAGUUGGGAUGGGAUAAGAAAUAG